AUGGAAGUGCUUGAGCAGGAGGGAUUCAAGACUAGACAACAAGCUCGAAGAGACUUUUUCGAACGAGCAAGACUUUUAUACGACUUCAACUGCGAGCUGGAUCAAUGCACUGUCGUUCAGUCAUUGAUCAUGAUGUCACUGGCAUGCGACCGAGUCUCUGGACACCGAGAUGCCUCCUACUGGGCCGACGUGGCCAUCUCUGAAGCUCUUAGGGCAAAGCUUCACCUGGACCUUGCUUACAUAUCACCAUGUUAUCCCAUAGAUGUGCAAAGACUACGUCGCCGUAUUUGGUGGUGUUGCUGCAUCCUCGAUAAUCUUGCUUCACUUGCCACAGAUCAUACGCCCAAAAUAUCAGAAGGGGAUUUUGAUGUUCUAAUGCUUGAAGAAACAGACUUCCACCCGCUGACAGAUGUCUACGGAAACACGAGAUAUCAUAGCUGCGAUGAUCGCACGCGUCAUGACGAGCAAAUUAAUGCUAAGGACCUGGCUCAAGUGUGCAUCUUCCAGGCCACUUUAUGGACGGUCGGGAAGAGGAACCCGCAGAUCUCCACCAGUGACGAUAAUCGCCUUUAUGAUAUCUUGUCUCAGUCGACUCCAGUGGCCGGCCAAUUGUUCACCUGGCUCGAUAGGAGUCUUGUGCAAUGGUACGAUUCCCUGCCUUCUUCAAUCAGAGAUAGUGCUAUUCCAUCAAGCGAUGGCCAUAAUAGGAGGAAUAUGGCCAUUCUCCUGAGUCAGGCAUUCUUACGCAUGGUGUAUCACAUGACUAUUCUGAAAGCCUGUCAAUCGAGGCUCAAGAAUUUAGUAGAAACCGAAAUCACGUCUUUUUUCGAAAUAGAUUUUUGCCAGCUUCUCGCAGAUAGCUCAGCGAAACACAUCAUCCAAACGAUUGCGGCCGUCGACGACAAAGGCGUGGGACGCUUCCUGCCACCAAUGUCAAGGAGCUUCGCGCUGCUAGCAGCCAAUUUUAAAGCCUCUGCUACAUUAAAACAGUCGCAUUGA